UUUUUUUUCUAAAAAUAAUAUGGAAUGUUACGUUUUAAUUCUCUCCCACUUUUUCCAUUUAGAUCGUAUUGUAUUGUGAUCGUUGGUGUUCUUCAAUCGAAUCUAAACCUUUGGCUCAUACAUCCGCAUCUUCUUCUUGAUUAAUUAUCUAAUCAAAAUCCUAUAUUGUUCGUCACAAUGAAAAUCCUGCAGAUUGAGUUUGAAAGGUGAUUCCCUUCUCGAAAAAGUAAAAAACGCUAUCAUGGAAACCAAAACUUGUGAAGAAUGCGUUGACGAUUGUACGCUAUUUUGGAUUUAAGUUACCUACUACAAAACGCCUCUUCUCAAUCAUGUCUGAGCCAUGGAUACUCUCUGCAAAGUUACUGUUUGCGAUAAUAUUAAUGCAUACAUGUCUCAAGGGCGUUGAAUCCAGGCCAACCGCCGAUGAGGUAGUGGAAUUACCAGGCCAACCGCCGGUUACAUUCAAACAAUAUGCAGGCUACAUCUCCCUUGAUGACGCCAAACCGAGAUCUCUGUUUUACUAUUUUGUUGAAGCUGAAUCCGACUCAUCUUCCAAACCGCUUGUGCUUUGGUUGAAUGGAGGACCUGGUUGUUCGUCUGUGGGAGAAGGGGCUUUUGUUGAGCAUGGUCCUUUUAAACCAAGUGGCAAUGUUUUGGUUAAAAAUGAGUGUAGCUGGAAUAAAGAGGCAAAUAUGUUGUACUUGGAUACACCAGCAGGAGUGGGAUUCUCUUAUUCUGAUGAAAAGUCGUUUUAUCAAUCAGUGAAUGAUGCCAUUACAGCUGGCGACAAUCUUGCUUUUCUUGAGAAAUGGUUUGAAAAUUUUCCAGAGUACAAGAAUAGAGACUUUUAUAUCACAGGCGAAAGUUAUGCAGGACACUAUAUUCCUACACUCGCAAAUCUCAUAGUUGAAUCAAAAUCCAAGAUCAAUUUCAAGGGAAUUGCAAUCGGCAAUCCACUAUUGAAUAUUGAUACGGAUUUUAAUUUAAAGGGGGAGUAUCUUUGGUCUCAUGGUUUGAUAUCAGAUGAUACAUACGAAUUACUCAAUAAAGAGUGCAACUACUCAACCAUAAGAAGACAAACCGAAUCCAAUACUCUCACCCCUAAAUGCACUCUUGUUGCAAAUCAAGCUACAAGGGAGAUUGGUCAAUCCAUUAACGCUUAUGACAUCACCCUCAACAUUUGUUUGUCAAAUGUUUUCUCACAAUCACAAGUUCUCGAUAACACUCAAGGUACGGAAACGAAGGUGGAUGUUUGUGUGGAGGAUGAAACAACGGAGUACUUGAACCGGAAAGAUGUGCAAACCGCUUUACAUGCUCGGCUUGUGGAUGGUAACCCGUGGGCCGCAUGUACAGACAAUUUGAAUUAUGAUAUGAGCGAUUUGGAUGUGCCAAUGGCUCCUUUGUUGGCUUCACUUAUCAAGUCUGGGAUUAGGGUUUUUAUUUACAGUGGCGAUCAAGAUUCGGUCCUACCUUUAACUGGGACACGAAUUGUGAUCAAUGGCAUGGCUAAGGAAUUAGGGUUGAAGACAACUAUUCCAUACAGGUCUUGGUUCAAUGGCAACCAGGUUGGGGGAUGGACACAAGGAUAUGGUGAUUUUUUAUCUUAUGCAACCAUUAGAGGAGCAGCACAUGAAGCUCCAUUUUCUCAACCGGAGCGAUCGCUUGCCUUAUUCAAAGCGUUUCUGGAUGGAAAACCUUUGCCACAGGCAGAUGAAAUCAGUGAAAAGAAUGAUCAAACAUAUGCGGUAUUCCGUGUUGAAUUACACUAAUGAAAACCGCUUUCACGUGUCUCUUGGCCAUUUUGAUUAUAAUCAAUAAAUUCAGUUUUAAUUGGUUUGUUGUCGUGCGUCUUUAAUGAGCCUCAAUGGAAGUUUGUUUCAGCAAUUCAUGAACCUUACGUUCUUUUUGGAUUUAAGCUGACAUGAACAUGGUUUUUAAGAUCUAAAUCUUGAUCUUAAUAAGGUAAACCACACCAUUUGGUUGAACCACACGAAACUCAGAGAUCUUGAUCAAACUAGCUAGGACCAAUUCUGAAGCAAUUUUGUAUUGGGCCACAGAAUCAUGAUUAUGAUCCUAAGAUCUUAUCGUGAUCUAAUUAAUCUUGCCUCUUUAGUUUUUAUUCGAUAACCAAGUUUUUAGUAUUCUAAAUCCUAGGAAUUCUUCAACCUGCAAAAAAUUCCCAUGUAGAACCUGUUGUCCAUUCAACUUGAAAUCAAGCCUCAAAAAUCUGUUCGUGUAGCUCGCAAUUGAGCAUUGCAAUCGAAAGAAGCCUCGUAAAGCUUUACAAAUCCAUCCAUUCACCUCGAAUUAAGCACAAAAUCAUGUGUCCCUUGGUGAUAUGGUGCCUUUAU